GGCGGGGCGGGCGCGCGCGGGGCCGGGGGCGCGCGGGGCCGGAGCGGGCGCGCGCGGGGCGGGGCGUAACGGGGCCGCCGCCCGCCCGGCAGGUGCCGACUCGCCGGUUUCGCUGGGGCUGAGUAACUGUCCCGCCGCGCGGGGCCCCCUGCCCCGAAACCGCCGCGGGCCGGGGCCGGGCCGGCGCCCAGGCGCCCCGCACCGCGAGCCGCGCGGGGGUGCAGGUCCGCGGGCGAGGGCGGGGGGCGUGCGAGGUGCGGCUCCGGGGCCCGAGCGGGACCGGUCGGACGGGCGCCGCGGGGCUUGGCGUGGCUUCCCUGACGCCAGCCGGGCCCCCACCCGCUCGGCUCGGGGGCGAGCAGCCGGCGCCGGGGUCGCGGGAGGGCGGAAGCCGCUGACCUUUGCCCUCGGCCGCGUCCACGGCCGGCAGGAGCCCUGGGGUGGGGUGGGGGCCCGGGAGACAGCGGGAUGCAGCUCCGAGACGCGCGGGGUGGCGGGGCCCGGCGCGUCCCGCACGGCCCGGGAGGCAGAACCUGGCCACCCGAGACCCGGGGCCACGCGCGGCCGGAGCGCAGCGCUCGUGCCUCCCGGGGGCGCCGGGCCCGGGGCUCCCGGGCCGCCCCGCCUGCACCGCCCCACUGACCGCCGGUUUCCAGGGCGCAGAACCGUGGGCGUGCGGGCCCCGCCGCCCGCAGCCCCUAACGCCUCUGGCUCCAAUUAGCCGCUUUGAAGAUGAAACAGGCCUGAGCCGCCGCCGCGCCGGGCACAGCCGAACGGGCGCGCGGCUCCCCUUCCUCCAAGGCUGGCAAGCCCCUCCCUGCCCCGCCCCUCCGCCGCCCCCACUGGGAGGGCGCUGGGUAGGGAGCGCUAGAAAGGAGGUGCCCAGGGUGCUGGUGGGGGGUGGACGCCGCCACCCGGAGCGACAGGUCCAGCCGGAAGGCCCGGGCGCAGCUCCUCGGGGUCCUGGCUCCGCGGCUGAGUCACAGGCGGCAGCCCCAAGCCACUUCCCUCUGGGUGCCUCAAUUUGCCCAUCUAUAAAAUGGGACUGAUGACUCCUGCCCAGGAGGCUGUGGGGUGGGGUGGCCCGGCUAAUUAAACCCGAGAUGAAAGGGGCCAGGGUGAGACCAGCGCUGGGGAGGGCCGGAGCCUGUCUGGUGUCCCGUCUGAGGCCACCGAGGCUGAUAGCUGCCUAUCUGUGGCCGCGGCCACGCACACAACCAGGAACGACACACACACACAGCCAGCCCGCUCGGCUUGUCUGACCCCUGGCUCCCUGGAACCCAGGGUCUUGGGGGAGAGGACAGACCCGUGGGGUGGCUAGGGUGAGCCCUGCUUACGCAGGAGCGAGGCGGUCAUUUCCAGGGGCACAGAGCUCCCUGGAGUGGAACGUGGACUUUGGCAAACAGCUGUGGGCUGCACCUGCCUGCUCCCCCACCCCCCCGCCGCCCGCUGGCCUCUCAGGUGUCCGGGCCCCCGGAUGGGCCCUGCCCUCCUGUGGGAGGGUAGUGCUGCCUCGGUCCCUGGCCCAGGCCACGCUGGGCCCGGCAGGCCCGGCUCCGUGCCCUGCCUCAUUCCUUCCCCAUGUCGUCCCCCUUGCAGCCUGGGCCUGGGCUCAAGCCUGCACUCAGGCCCGGAUAAAGGCAGGUCAGCUUCGCGGGGAGCUGCGAGCCGUGUCCUCAGGGCGGGCGCGGGGACACCCAGAGCAGCCUGGGCCUGGGCUCAAGCCUGCACUCAGGCCCGGAUAAAGGCAGGUCAACUUCGGGGGGAGCUGCGAGCCGUGUCCUCAGGGCGGGCGCGGGGACACCCAGGGCAGCCUGGGCCUGGGGGAGGGGGCGGCAGAGUGACAGCUGAUGGAUGGACCUGCUCUGUCAGCGGCCAGGUGUGUGUGACUGUGAGGAGACCCCCCCAACACACCUCACCUAAGGGGGAAUUUUAAACUUUUUGAAUUACAUUUUUUAAUUAAUUUAUUUGAAAGGUGAAGUUACAGAGGCAAAGAGAGCAUUUUCCUUCCACUGGUUCACUCCCCAAAUGGCCACAACGGCAGGAGCUGGGCUGAUCAGGAGCCGGGAGCGUCUUCCAGGUCUCCCACAUGGGUGCAGGGGCCCAAGGACUUGGGCCAGCUUCUACUGCUUUCCCAGGCCACAGCAGAGAGCUGGAUUGGAAGUGGAGCAGCCAGGACUCAAACCAGCACCCAUAGGGGAUGCUGGCACUGCAGGUGGCGGCUUUACCCGAUACACCACAGCGCUAGCCCCUGAAUUAGAUCUUUUUUAAAAAUCUAUUUAAAAUGAGGGGAGGGGGUGGCACUGUGGCGCAGCGGGUUAAAGCCCUGGCCUGAAGCACUGGCAUCCCAUAUGGGCACUGGUUCUAGUCCCGGCUGCUCCUCUUCCGAUCCGGCUCUGCUAUGGCCUGGGAAAGCAGUAGAAGAUGGCCCAUGUCCUUGGGCCCCUGCACCCACAUGAGAGACCCGUAAGAAGCUCUUGGCUCCUGGCUUCAGAUCGGUGCAGCUCUGGCCGUAGCGGCCAUCUGGGGAGUGAACCCGUGGAUGGAAGACCUCUCUGUCUCUAUCUCUCUCUGUAAUUCUGUCUUGCAAAUAAAUAAAAAUAAAUCUCAAAAAAAAAAAAAAAUGGGCAGCAGGAGCCUCAGAAGAGGUUCGGCCUGGUCCAGGCCUGGCCUGCUGGGGGCCAGGGGAGCAGGCGGUGCGGCUGGCACGUGGGGAGCCAGUGGGGAAGGGGCUGGCUGUGCCGUCAGCGGGGGGCAGGUCGCGUACGGUGUUGUAGUUGCCAUUAAGCGACCUGAGGUUUGAGCAGAGGGGAGCCGUGGUCGCACCUGGAUUCUGGUUUUUUUUUUUUUUUUUAAGUUUUACUCAUUGGGGAGCUCCCACCCACUGGUUCAGUCCGCAGAGGCCUGCAAUGGCUGAGCUGGGCCAGGCCGAACCUGGGAGCAAGGACUUCACUUUGGGUCUCCCACGUGGGUGGCAGGGACCCCCGUACCUGACCCUCAUCACCUGCCGCCCCCAGGAAGCUGGACUCAGACCCGGCAGCUCCCACCUGCAAUGCAGGUGCCUUACCUGCCCGCGCCCAGCACCUGCCCCGCACUGGGGCUGGAACCAAGGACAGCUGCCGUGGGGGGCUGCUCGUGGUGCGGGGGCUAUGUGGAGAUGGCACAGCCCUGGCCAGUAGGCGGAUGUGUGGCGUCGGGAGAGAGCGAGGUGGGGGACUGGGGCCUUGAGCACCUAGACGCUGAGGGUUCCAGCAUCCAAGACCGGAAGGGAUGUGGGAACUGUGCACUUGGGAUAAACCAGCAGGGAGACCGGUGGCUGCCGUGGGGCAGAGCCCCUGGCUGCAGCUGCCCCCUAGCACCUCGGCCGCCUCCCCCAGCAGCCCCAGCGGCCCUGGCCCGGGUCGGGAGGCCAGAGGCGGGAUCUCAGCAUGUCACUCAAGGCCCUUCAGUUUGUCCUGCUGUGCCUAUCAGAGGGGCAGUGGGCGGCAGGCAAGGAGCUGCUUGGCGAGUAGUCGGGGGGCUGCUGGCCGUCGGGGCACAAGCAAGCGAGGCCUCUGCCGGCUGCCAGCCCCCUCCCCACGCCCACCACCUCCCAGAGGCCUUGCUGGGGGACAGACUUGGGGGUUUCAAACCUUCUGCCCCCACCAGCUCCCGCUCGCUCUGCCUCAGGAUGGGGGGGCUGACACCACUCCCGGGAGCCAAGUCCUCACCCAGCCUGUGGUUCCCCAUCCUGCCCUCCCCGCCCCGUGACGCCAUGGUGCCAACAGAGACGCCUUGGCAGAACUGCCUGGGAGUGGCCCGCUUGGCUCGGUCUGCAGUGUGGCCCGGGCCACCGCUGUGCCCUGUGUGGUGGGCUCCUCGCUGGUCCCGCCACCCACACCCAUUGUGCAGCCCCUGGCUCCCCACCACCCUGAACCCCGUGUGCUGUGGCCGGCCGGCCUCCGCCCCUCCCCAGCCAGCCACGGAGUCUCGGGGUCCUUGUGGCUGCUCUGAGGCCAUCCACGCUCAGCACCCCUGCCUGCCACCACCUCUGGCUAAAUGUCCUCCCCAGCGUUCCUGUCUUCUGUCCGCUCGCAUCACAGGAUGGCCAGUCCCCGGCACAGAGGAGGCGCCCACUCUCUGCUAUGGCCUGGGAAAGCAGUAGAAGAUUGCCCAGGUCCUUGGGCCCCUGCACCCACGUGGGAGACCUGGAAGAAGCUCUUGGCUCCUGGCUUCAGAUGAACCCAGCUCUGGCCAUUGUGGACAUCUGGGGAGUGAGCCUGUGGAUGGAAGACCUCUCUCUGUGCCUCUGCCUCUCUCUCUGUAACUCUGCCUUUCAAAUAAAAUAAGUAAAGUUGAAUAAGCGCUGCCUGCCCUCACAGAGCGGUUUGACUCCACACUCGCCCAUGUUCACGCUCAGCGUCUGGUUCUGGCUCUGCCGGGAGCUGCAGCCCACACGCGGGUGGCCGGUGGGUGCAAUCUAACCCACAGAGGGGCUCUGUUUGGCCCACCCUAUGUUUUCAAAGGGCCAGAGCUAACAUUCAACAGUCAGUGGGUUUCACAAAUUAGGUUUUCCAUCUUGGAAAAUGGGAAGAUGUGGCCACGCUGGGUUUCUGUGUUCACACAACACGACUGUGACUGCCUUUUUAUUUUUAUUUUUAUUAUUUGAGAGACAGGAAGACAGGGCUGCCGUUCACCCGCUCACUCCUCCAGUGCCCCAGUUAGAGGGCCGGGCCAGGCCAGGCCCCGCACGUGGGUGGUAGAAGCCCAGUUACUUGAACCAUCCUCUGCUGCCUCCCAGGGUCUGCGUGAGCAGCAAGCUGGAGCCAGGAACAGAACCAGAACUCAAAGCGUGCAUUCCCACGCGGGAGGUGGGUCACAAGCCAGACGUGCCCCGCAGGACUGCGCCUGAGACGGGCACAGUCUCCUCCCCCUCGCCACUCCCCGCACACACACUCAGCUGGCAUCACCCACUCACCGGUCAGCACAGAAUCUGCAGUACUAUUUUCCUUACCUUCAACUUGCUCUGUGCCUAUGUCUACCACAAGCAGGAACGUGAAUGGCAAAUGGGACCCAGGAGCCAAGAAAACGGGGCAUUCAUUCAUUCAGCAAAUAUUUACUAACGACCCACCUGGUGCCAGGCACAGCUGCGGAGGCCGCGAACGGGGCCGUGAGCAGCAUGGACCAGCACCGCCCACUCCUCAGGCCAGGGGCCUCCGUCCAGACGCGCUGGCCAACUGGAGGCACUACACUGGCUGCUUCACCCUGGACGCCCCCACGAGAAAAGUCUGUCCACGCGGACUCCACAGUACCCGCUGAGCACCCGCUGCCCACCAGCCGGGCAGGUGCGUGCCCAGGGCGCGUUUGCCAGGUGAAUGGACCAAAGUCACGGCUCUCCCAGACAGGCUGGGUGUCCGUGUUGUUGGAACGGCCUCCCGGGAGAAGUGCCCAGCAGGUGCCCGAUUUAAUGUCAGGGGAAAGAAAGCAUCAGGCCGGGGCGGAGGCCCCA